UUGCUGAAAUAACUGCAGGAAUAGAACGCAUGGAAUUAGGCGAACAGAAGCCAAUGGAAGGCGUUGUUGUAGUGGAAGGUCAAGAAGUACAAGGACAACAUCGACCAGCGCACUCAGCUACAGGAGCAGCUCCUUCUUCACAUGCCGACCACGAGAAAAUUUUUCCUGUCGAUCUUCCGCUGCGAGACGUUUUACCUAGUACUACUGCUGGUCGAGGUCGUGAAAGUGAAUACGAUGGAGACGAGAUGCCGUGGAAGCAGGAACAAGGUGCAGCCUUUCGAGAGCUCGAGACGUGGUGGACUUCGUUUUUUCGCGAAAAAUCGCGUUACGCAGCAUCGCAGACUUUGGAAAAGUGUGCGGCAGACAGCGGGGAUGCGAAUUUAACCAUGGUGCUUCGAGCACGCUUUGCUGAGUGGUUUCGUGUUUCCACAUGGUUUGUGAACGACGUCUUGUCAGGGUCGAUCGAAGUGGUGGGGAAAUAUUAUCCAGACGAAGACGCUGACGCAGCUGCGACCAGUACUAGUGCAGAGGAAGAGAAGAUCUACA